AUGGAUCGCGGAGGCAACAAGGGAGCUGGCAUUGCCGGCUCCUCGGAGACCAAUGUCGACAGGCGAGAACGUCUGCGCAAGCUCGCCAUGGAAUCCAUUGACCUCGCCAAAGACCCGUACAUCCUUCGCAACCAUCUCGGGUCCCUCGAAUGUCGUCUCUGCCUUACCAUCCACACCAAUGAAGGCUCGUAUCUUGCUCACACCCAGGGCAAGAAGCAUCAAACCAACUUGGCGCGCAGAGCAGCAAAGGAGGCAAAGGAGCUGGCGCAGAGAGAACAGAAUCAGAUGGGCUUGCUUACCAUGGGUCCUCCAGGGGCGAUGGAUCAGACACCCAAGAAGCAAUUUGUCAAAAUUGGCCGGCCAGGCUACAAGAUUACGAAAGUGCGCGAGCCGGCACCGAUGACCAGUGAGGGGCACUACGAUGCUCAUGCUCGUCAACCGCGCAUUGGUCUCCUUUUCCAGAUCCAAUAUCCCGAGAUCAAGGACGGCGUCAAGCCCUUGUACAGAUUCAUGUCCACCUUUGAGCAGCGGGUCGAGCCACAAAAUAGGGCAUGGCAGUACCUGGUGGUAGCGGCGGAGCCGUAUGAGAGCGUGGCGUUCAAGCUUCAGGCGAGAGAGAUUGAGAGAGGGGAGGAAGAGGAUGAUCGAGCUGGCGGUGUCGGAGAGCCACCGACUUGGAGUCAUUGGGAUCCGGAUACAAAGACCUAUACCAUUCAAGUCCUCUUCAAGUAG